GAUCCCAUUCUUCACUCUCUUCCUUUCUCUCUCCUGAACUGUCGUGCAUAAACUUCUCCCCUCAACCUCUCGCACUAAACGCCAACAACCACCCCCUCACUCUCUCUCAUCGACGUCCAUGGCUGGAAGGGGAAAGAACAUCGGCGCCGGUGCCGCCGUAAAGAAAGGUGUUUCUCGCAGUAGCAAGGCUGGCCUCCAGUUUCCCGUCGGAAGAAUCGCUCGUUUUCUCAAGGCCGGUAAGUACGCCGAGCGUGUUGGUGCUGGUGCUCCUGUCUACCUCGCCGCCGUCCUUGAAUAUCUCGCAGCUGAGGUUCUGGAGUUGGCCGGAAACGCAGCAAGGGACAACAAGAAGACCCGAAUAGUGCCCCGCCACAUCCAAUUGGCAGUCAGAAACGAUGAAGAGCUCAGCAGGCUUCUCGGCGAUGUGACAAUCGCAGCCGGAGGAGUAAUGCCAAACAUUCACAACCUUCUCCUCCCUAACAAGCCCACCAAGAAGGCUACCGCUGAAGAAGAUUAAACUGAAAUCAUCUUUGAUUAGAAGGUCCUUCUCUUUGAUAAUGUAGAGAUGAACGUACAGUCAGAUAGUUUUAUUUUCACAUAUGUCAUAGGAUUUGUUUUAUUUCCAAGUUUCGGCUGGUUUAGUUCCCUCUGAUUUUUCUGUAGGUUUAGAAAUUAGUAGAAUGUAGUUCGUCCAAUCAUCUAUGAAAAAAAACAAAUUUGAUACUCCUACCGUUUAUGGAAUCGAGUAAAAGCUUGAAAUUAUGUUUGA